AUGGCCCCCGUUGACUCUGCUGACUUGUUCAAAGCGAAGAUCCAGUAUCUUGCCAGAGACGACCAGCACCAGCUGGUGAAACCAUAUUAUUUGUAUUUCAAGUAUGACUCCGAGAUUGCUCCAACAAACACAUCCCCCGAUGAUCGGUUUGUUCACAUCUGUAAUGCUCGGAAUCUGGGCAUUCCGUCGAGAGAGAUGUUCUCCGAGUGGGGGUUUGCUCAGCUGCGUCUUGAUUGUCCUUUGACACCUAAGGAGUAUUGCUAUGACAAGAAAGUGGAAGAAGUCCUAUACCCUAAAUAUAAAUCGAUUGCCCGGUUUUUGUUCCCAAAUGCUGCGCGGGUUGAAGUCCUAGAGCACGCAGUUCGCAAACGUCACCCUCUUUGGCUAUCUGAGGGCAUAGAGCGACACAAGCUUACGACAAACCAACCGAGUGAUUAUGUGCACAUUGUAGACUACGUAUCUCAGGCCACUGCAAUGGAUAUCGUUACUAGUGAUUACGUUAACGAAAAUACUCGGAUAUACUUUGACGAGAAGCACAAAUGGUACUACUGGCACGGCUUGCAGGUCGACGAGGUAAUCGCCUUUAUACAGGCAGAUUCCCAAGCAGAAAACCGAGCAGGUAUGAUGGACUUUACCCCUAUCGUCUAG